GCCGAGUGUCGGCUGCGACCCAGCCACAAAGCGGAUCGCCGUUUCGGACGGGGAUUAACCCCUGCGGGGCCUCGCUGCGGAAGGAGCGCCGACUCAGAGCCGCCUGUUAGCCGCCGCCAUAUUUAUUGUCCAAGGGGGGAAGAAGCCGAGAGAGCGGGACAGGUAACACAAGAAGUGCCCAUUUCAUCUCCUAACAAAACAUGUCUGGGCCAGUCCCAAGCAGGGCCAGAGUGUAUGCAGAUGUAAACACACAAAGACCACGCGAGUACUGGGACUACGAAUCACAUGUUGUUGAAUGGGGUAAUCAGGAUGAUUACCAGCUAGUUCGGAAAUUGGGCCGUGGAAAAUACAGCGAAGUCUUUGAAGCCAUCAACAUCACAAAUAACGAGAAAGUAGUGGUCAAAAUAUUGAAGCCAGUAAAAAAGAAGAAAAUAAAGCGAGAGAUAAAGAUUUUAGAGAACCUGCGUGGGGGUCCCAAUAUCAUAAACUUAUUAGACAUAGUAAAGGACCCAGUGUCUCGGACGCCUGCACUUGUGUUUGAACAUGUAAACAACACCGAUUUUAAGCAAUUGUACCAGACGUUAUCAGACUACGACAUUCGAUUCUACAUGUAUGAGAUUCUAAAGGCCCUGGAUUACUGUCACAGUAUGGGGAUCAUGCACAGGGACGUCAAACCACACAAUGUGAUGAUUGACCACGAACACAGAAAGCUUCGACUAAUAGACUGGGGUCUGGCAGAGUUUUACCAUCCAGGGCAGGAGUACAAUGUACGGGUGGCAUCCAGAUACUUCAAGGGGCCCGAGCUUUUGGUCGACUAUCAGAUGUAUGACUACAGUCUAGACAUGUGGAGUUUAGGUUGUAUGCUGGCCAGCAUGAUCUUCAGAAAGGAACCCUUCUUCCACGGACACGACAACUAUGAUCAGUUGGUUAGAAUUGCGAAGGUGCUGGGUACAGAAGACUUGUACGAUUAUAUUGACAAAUACAACAUCGAGCUAGACCCACGCUUUAAUGAUAUUUUGGGCAGGCAUUCUCGGAAGAGGUGGGAACGCUUUGUGCACAGUGAGAACCAGCACUUGGUCAGCUCAGAGGCCCUGGACUUCCUGGACAAGUUGCUUCGAUAUGAUCACCAAGCACGGCUUACAGCGAGAGAGGCCAUGGAACACCCUUACUUCUAUCCAGUAGUGAAAGAUCAGGUGCGAAUGGGCUCCACAGCGAGUAUGUCCUCCAGUAGCACCCCAGUCAGCUCUGCCAGUCUGAUGUCAGGUAUAAUCUCGAUGCCCGUGUCUCAGCCCUUGGGCCCACUCGCCGGAUCACCAGUCAUGUCUUCACCCAACACCUUGGGACCACCUGUCCCCGCCGCAGCCGGAGCACAGCCUUGACCCUCGACCCUUGGCUCUUGACGUUGCCUGAGGCACCAAGGGCCCCACCAUGCUAUCGCAACCCCCCUCCCCCCCACCUCCUCCUCCUCCUCCUCCUCGUCAGCUGCGUGUUUUCUAGAGGAGCCAGGAGGCAGGUGGCGGGCCAGAGACAGAGCCCCAAUUGCUCGUGGAUCCUUAACACGUUUAUUUUUGUUCAGUGCAAAAAAAAAAAUUGACAAACCACCUGCAAAAUUAAUGAUAUUUAGGUUUGCAGGCUGUUAAUGGCAUUGGUUUUCUGUGUACUUAACUGCUGGACUGCAGGGACCUCCUGUCCUGUCCUGUCUCAGUCAGCAAUGUAGCUGCUGUCUUUUUGUGACACUAGAUUUUUAGAAUACCGGCCUCUGUUAUUGCAGAGAGCUAUGGAAAAAAAAAAACAAAAAAAAAAAGGAUUUAUUUUAUAUGUUCGUUACAUCCCAGCCCUGAACUAUUGGUGCGCUUCCUGAAGCUGACGCUUGAGCAGGACUAGACAUUAGUUGAGACUUUGCCACCCUCCAUUCCCUGAGAGGAUCCAUGAGGCGGAAUAAACAUGAGAUUUAUGGUAUUUAAACCCCCUUAAGUGUUAUAAUGAGAAAUCUUCCUUCUACCACAACCUCUCUCUCUCCAGGCUAAAGGUAAUAAUAAAACAAAUACUUUUUCUGAUA